CGGGCUCGGCGCGCCAUGGACCGGCCAGCGGCGGCGCCGGCGGGUGGCGAGGGUGCCGGGGGUCCGGGCCCGGGACCGGCGGGCAGCUGGAGGCCGCCGCGGGUCGCGGGGGGCCCGGCCGCUGGUUCCCGGCAGCCCAGCGUGGAGACCUUGGACAGUCCUACAGGAUCACAUGUUGAAUGGUGUAAACAGCUUAUAGCUGCUACAAUUUCUAGUCAGAUUUCAGGUUCAGUGACAUCAGAAAAUGUAUCCCGAGAUUACAAGGUUUUCAGGAGGCCUGACAUAAGGAGUAUUCAUAAAGCAAGACAAAGAUUGGAGAUUCAGGAAGAACACAAUGGCUACCCUUCUGAAGCUGAAGCUGAUCAGGCUCUAAGGGAUGGGAAUAAGCUGGCACAGAUGGAAGAAGCACCACUUUUCCCAGGGGAAUCAAUCAAGGCCAUUGUGAAAGAUGUCAUGUAUAUCUGCCCAUUUAUGGGAGCUGUGAGUGGAACGCUGACGGUGACGGACUUUAAGAUGUACUUCAAAAAUGUAGAGAGGGACCCACAUUUCAUCCUUGACGUUCCCCUGGGAGUGAUCAGCAGAGUUGAGAAGAUUGGGGUGCAGAGCCAUGGGGACAAUUCUUGUGGUAUAGAGAUCGUGUGCAAGGAUAUGAGGAACUUGCGACUUGCUUAUAAACAGGAAGAACAGAGUAAACUGGGGAUAUUUGAAAACCUCAACAAACAUGCAUUUCCUGUUUCCAAUGGGCAGAUGCUCUUUGCAUACAACUAUAAAGAAAAAUUUCCAAUUAAUGGAUGGAAAGUUUAUGAUCCAGUAGCUGAAUAUAGGAGACAGGGCUUGCCAAAUGAGAGUUGGAAAAUAUCCAAAGUCAACAGUAAUUAUGAGCUCUGUGACACCUACCCUGCCAUCAUCGUUGUACCAACUAGUGUAAAAGACGAUGACCUUUCCAAAGUGGCAGCCUUUCGAGCAAAAGGCAGAAUCCCUGUAUUGUCAUGGAUUCAUCCAGAAAGUCAGGCAACGAUUACUCGUUGCAGCCAGCCACUUGUGGGUCCCAAUGAUAAACGCUGCAAAGAAGAUGAAAAAUACUUGCAGACAAUCAUGGACGCUAAUGCACAGUCUCACAAACUUAUCAUCUUCGAUGCCCGGCAAAACAGUGUCGCCGAUACCAACAAGGCCAAGGGUGGAGGCUAUGAAAGUGAAAGUGCUUACCCGAAUGCAGAACUCGUGUUUUUGGAGAUCCACAACAUUCACGUGAUGAGAGAGUCACUACGUAAAUUAAAAGAGAUCGCGUACCCCUCGAUCGAUGAGGCACGGUGGCUAUCCAACGUGGAUGGGACACAUUGGCUGGAGUAUAUAAGGAUGCUUCUUGCUGGGGCAGUAAGAAUUGCUGAUAAAAUAGAAUCUGGGAAAACGUCAGUGGUGGUGCACUGCAGCGACGGUUGGGACCGAACAGCCCAGCUGACGUCUCUGGCUAUGCUGAUGCUAGACAGUCAUUACCGCACCAUUAAAGGAUUCGAGGCUCUCAUAGAAAAGGAGUGGAUCAGUUUUGGACAUAGGUUUGCACUGCGAGUGGGCCAUGGCAACGACAACCAUGCCGAUGCUGACCGGUCCCCAAUAUUCCUUCAGUUUAUUGAUUGUGUUUGGCAAAUGACAAGACAGUUUCCUUCAGCGUUCGAGUUUAAUGAACUCUUCUUGAUUACAAUCUUGGAUCACCUUUAUAGCUGUCUCUUUGGGACUUUCUUGUGCAACUGUGAACAGCAGCGAUUCAAAGAGGAUGUAUAUACGAAGACUGUAUCUUUAUGGUCUUAUAUCAAUAGCCAGCUCGAUGAAUUUUCUAAUCCCUUCUUUGUGAAUUAUGAAAACCACGUCUUAUAUCCUGUUGCAAGUCUGAGUCAUUUGGAAUUAUGGGUAAACUACUAUGUGCGAUGGAAUCCACGGAUGAGGCCUCAGAUGCCGAUCCAUCAGAAUCUCAAGGAGCUGCUGACCAUCAGGGCGGAGCUGCAAAAGAGAGUGGAGGACCUGCAGCGGGAGGUGGCCACACGCGCCUCGUCCCCAUCCGAGCGGGGCUCUUCUCCUUCCCACUCGAUCACGCCUGUCCACACCUCAGUCUGACGGGCUCCAGACACGGCAGUUCCGGUGAGUCCAGCCAUCAAGGCCAUCCUGCGGCUCCUCUGCUCUCCCCGGUGACUCAGGCAGGGGUCCUGAGACCCGUCUCGGCUACAGCUUGUCAUCUUGUCUUUUAGGAUUAGGCCCAGUUCCCUCCGCGUCUGGAUGGCACUUCCAACCAGUGACCAUGUGUAUGACUAGGUGACAGCCCCCUCUGUCAUGUACGCUUUGUUUUGCGAACACCCAGUUUCCCUCCUGUCGGGUUUCUCAGGGUGGCUGUCUGUCCCAUUGACCCGUCUUUCUAUCACUGGGUCGCUUGGGAGAAAUCAUAGUGAAUGGAAUGCAGUGCUUAGGUUCAAGAAGGCCUCAUACCAUUUCUUUCCAAGGUAGACCCGUCAUUAAAACCACCACCGUCACUUAGAGACUACGUUGCCAGCCACGUGGCUUCUUUCAGCUCCUUCCUACAACUUGAAAACUUUUAAAAUUAACUAUGUGGGGGUGGGGGGUAGACAGAGCAUUGCCCUCUGUUCUAGAAUUCUCUUCAUGCACGGGGGCCCCUGUACCAAUUACUCUUGUGUACAUAUAAGGUAUUUUUAAAAAAGAGAAAUGUGCCUUUAUUUUCCUAUGUCCUUUUUUAUGUUUAGACUAGUCACCCAAGGAGGUAUCUGCUUAACUGGACUGUAUGAGAAAUACUUUUCAAACAAAGCUCGUGCUAACUUUUAUGUGGUACAUUUGAAACAUGAUUUGAUUAUAGUCGUCCCUGCAGAGGGAAAACCGAGGACUCAGGCAGCUCUGCGCAGGUGCUGACGUCCCCACGGGCUCCUUCAGGGAACUGUCGGCAGCUCCUGGCCUGUCUGACCUUGAGCCUCCCGCCCAUUUGUGUCAAAGUGAGUCUGGCCUCUCCUGUUACCUGCCUGUCUGAAAUGUCUCAUUUUCCUGAGAUCCCUGCAACUCAGUGUAUUCGUGCGACUUCAUGUCAAUUAUUUUAAAGCAACCACUGUGCUGUCGCUUCAGUUGCCAAAAGCAUAGCACGCACACCCCUUGGUUUGCUCAUCUCAGAGCCAACCUUCGCCAGCCAGGCCUCUCCUCCCAGUUUUGCGCCUUCACUCACUGACUUGGGGCUCCACCAGGAUGGGCAGGAAGUGAUUUGCAAUCAACUGGUCCAUCCACUAGCCCUGAAGCGCUGAGCUCCUGUGUGUGGCGUAGCACAGAAUCUUGCAUAUUUGCACCCACCCCAGCAGGCCUCGCCCCUGCCCAUGUCUGCUACUGGGACCCCCAUCCCUACUGUAAUUAAGGUUGCCUUCCGAGGCAGGGGCCUCAGAAGCUCAUAGGGUCAGAUCUAAGUACAACUGCAUUGGAGUAUCUGGUUGGUUUCAAAUGAUUGGGUACCAUGCAAAGUCCUACAGAUUGACCUUAGUUUUGCAAAUAUAUUCUUUAAAAAGGGUUUUUUAUAGUCAAAUACUUACAGAAUAGCUGUUUUUUCAACUUGGAACUUUCUGAUUCUUCUAGUAAAUGAUCUGGUAUCCGUCAGGUAUCAGAAAUACUUCUUCAAAGUAAUUUGAUCACCUAAGAUGAAGUCUCCAUUUUUAUCAGCUGGGGAUUUGUUUCUAAAUCAUAGUUUGAUUGAUGUUAGCUUUUGAUUUAUGCUUCCAACAUAUCUGAAAGCUUAUUUAUGAAUGGAAAAUCUGAUUAUUCAUUGAUACAGUUGUUUUUAAAUGAGGACAUUUCCCAUUCCCCUCCCCCCCAGAAAUAUCCUUCAAUCCCCCAGCUGCACUAAGACUACUCAACUUAGUGUGGACUGGAGGAUGCUAUUGACAGAAGCAGAGUGGGCUUAUUCUUGCUGAGGUCAGCUAGCCUGCAUGCAGGGCCCCAGAAAGUCCCAUUCGAUUUGAAAGCAGCACAACAGACCAUUUUCCUUUGUAUGUUCCUAGCACAGAACUGUUUCUAAAACAACUUGAAGUAUAGUUUUGUUACUUAAGCAAUUCUUUUUUUUCGGUUUUAUUUAAGUGUACUAGAAUGUAAAACCUUUAGGGUUCAUAUUUUUGAAAACUGGUACAGUAUCGUAUUUGCCUCGUCUGAUGCACUAUAUUUCAAUCUAAUUAAAGUGAUAAUGUUU